GCCCGUGUCGGACUAGCAAAUUGGCUCGAUCUUCUCGACGGCGUCCUUGCCAACGGUCGCCGAGCGCGCGCCGAUCUCGCCCGAUACUUUUCUCCUAACGGAUGUCCUACUGCGAAUGCCACUCGACCGCAGUUUGCAUUUGCCUCUCGGGUCAAGAUGCACCGUGGGCAGUGGCUGCUUUUCGCGCUCUCGCACUGCGCGGCAGCGGCGUGGACCGACGUCGUCUGGUCCGGCAUCAACAUUGCGGGCAACGUCACGAUUCCGCCCGGCACCCGUGUCACGCUGCGCAACAGCAACACGAUCACCGGCGAGCUCAACAUCGCUGCCGGCGCGCUUCUCACCGUGGACCCGGCCGCCAACGCGUACCUUCAGGUGGGCAACCUCGAGAUCAACGGCGCCUUCUCGAUCGGGUCCGAGGCGACACCGUAUGCGAACACGGUCACGAUUGCGCUCGGCUGCGCACCUGGCGUCUACCCCCCGUCCAACGAGCGCCGGAAUGGCAUCCUCGUCCGCCGCGGCGGCUCCAUUGCGCUCUAUGGGCAGAAGGGACAGUCGUACCCGUGGACGCUCUUAACGGCCACCGCGUCGGCCGGCGACACAUGCAUUUAUGUCGUCGAUCCUGUCGACUGGGUCGUUGGUGACGUCAUCGUCAUCGCCACGACGGACUAUGACCCGCGCUUCUCCGAGAGACGGACGCUGGUCGGGUUUGGCGCCGACGGCUGCCUCCGGCUCGACACGCCGCUGGUGUACAACCACUUUGGUGAGAUCACGGAAGGCAUUGACGAGCGCGCCGAAGUCGGGCUCCUCACUCGCAGCAUCCGUUUUCGAGGCUGCACUGGGUAUCAAAUCGAGCGCCAGAACAUUGGCGGGCACCUCAUGAUCACCAACGGAUUCGCCGCCGCGCAGAUCGUUGGCGUCGAAAUCUCGGCGUUUGGCCAAGGGGACAUCGUCGGGCGGUACCCGAUCCACUUUCACCUUUGCGGCGCCGCGCCACCGGGCACGCUGCUGCGCGCCAACUCGAUUCGGGACUCGUUCAUGCGCGCCGUGACGAUCCACGGCACCCAGAACGUUCGCGUCCAGAGCAACGUCGCGUUCAACACGUCGGGGCACGCCAUGUUCCUCGAAGACGGCGCCGAGUUCAACAACGUGUUUGACGCCAACCUCGUCGUGCUCGUGCGCGAGAAGCUCGACGGACCCUUCCGCCUCGGGUCGGACGACCGCUUUGGCCUCAGCGCCUUUUGGAUCACGAACGGCGACAACGUGUUCACCAACAAUGCUGUCGCGGGCGUCGAAGGCAGUGGGUUCUGGAUCCACACGCGGCUCCUCGCCAAGAACCCGAGCUACGGCACCGGCUUGUACAAUGCACUUGUGCCCUUCAAGACGCCGCUCAAGCUCUGCACUGGCAACCACGUGCACUCGGUUUGGAAUGCCUUUCGCAUCGACAGCCCCGACUUUGACGGCGGCGACAUGCCGCUCGUGAACGCCGGCGGCGCGUUCGCGCAAGGCUACAGUCCGACGUCCAUCACAGUCAUCUCCGACUUUACGGUCCAUCACGCGCGCCAAGGCGGCUGGUUUCGCAUCUUUGAGAUCGUCCUCGACAACUGGAAGCUCGGCGACGUCCGCGAAGGCGUUCAGUUUUUAACGACGGGCAACACGCCGACGGCGCCUGUCAACGGCACGCUGCGCAACUCGCUGCUUGUCGGCAACACGGCCAACCGCGGCAACCUCGUCGAGACCGAGUGGCAGAGCGUCGCGUUCCUCGAAGGCCGGUCGGAGAGCGCGUUCAUGCUCACGGACCUCAUCAAAAUCGGUGUCGUGCUCUAUGACGGUCCGCACUUUUUGGAAAACGUCGUCUUCCGCAACUACUACUCCCAGUCGUGCAUGGGCGUUAUCAACCCCGCGAUCGGCGCCCGGGCGUUCAACACAUUUAUGAUGGCGACGACGACGACGAUCGUCAACUGCUCGUUCCCCAACACGGCGUACCCUGUCUACAUUCUCGACCGGCAGAGCGACGGCGGGUUCACCAAUGUCGUCCAAGAUGCGUCCGGGUCCAUCUCGGGUCAACCGGGGGCGAUCGUCUUACCCGACUGGGGCCUCUAUUACACGCAGCAGUGCCGUCGCAGCCCGUCGUACGGCCUCGCGUGCCCUCAUCGCUACAACAACUUUGAGAUCGUCCAGAUCGACACGGAUGGCGUGAAUCUCGCCAAGUACGGCAACCUGCUCGUAGCCCGCAUGGACCGUGACGCGAGCUUGACAUCGCCGCCGACGCUUUCGUUUGCGGGACAGUACAUCCCCGAUGCCGGCGGGUACCUCUACCACCCGUCGCUUUCAGUCGGCGCCACGUACGUUGUCAACUUUUUAACGCGGACGCCUCCGAUCCUUCGGUUCAACCUCGUCAAUGGGGUCGUCGGCGACGUUCACACGAUUGCUGUUUGCUACCCGAUCGGGUCGAGAAUCACGCAGGUCGUCGACGGCCGCGGCGUGGCGCUCAGUGUGAUGCCAUCCGCGACGGCGACCACGUGCACCAACUGCUUCUUCUUCGACGCUGCUCGCGCGCUCCUCGUCUUCCGCCUCCAGCAGACCCAAGCGCGAUUGGACGCAACCACGGCCUGUCCAGCGUCGGGCUGCCCUAGCGUCGUCAUCACCGCGACGUUGCCGACGACGGGCACCGGCGUCUCGGACGUCAGCACGCGCGCGUACCCCCUCUGGACCAAUGCGCUUGUCAACAGUGCGUGGGCGAGAACGACGUUCACAACGCGCGGCGUUGAGACGAGUUCGGUGGUCGGCAGCAGUGCCUCGGUGGUUGACACCAACUGGUGCGGCUUCAACGACCCGUGCUUGAACGCCAUCGACGCCGGCAACCUUCACCAAGGGAUUCUUGCCUACGCUCUCUCGCCGUGCAACGGUCUGGGCUGCUACAGCGCCACGUGUCGAUACUGCAAGCUCCCGACGAGCUCAUCGUCGCAGCCGUUCGUGCCAUGCCCCUUCAAGAGCAGUGCGCCAUUGCCCACGACGGCCACGCCAAAGCCUACGCCGCGGCCCACGACACCAACACCCACGACCAUGCCAGUGACCACGUGCUCGGCACUCUUUCCGGCGGAAACCACCACGCUUGGUAUCUCAGCUCAAGUCGACACGACGUGCCCCGGGUCUCAGGCGGUCGGUUGCAUUGGCUCGACGCAGUGUCGGUUUUGCGCGACGGCUUGGACUCCGCAGUCGGCCGGCUUUGCGCCGUGCGCGGGCAUGACGACUUCGGUUCCGCCAACGGAGACUCCCAAGACAGGCGCGCCGACAACAACUAUGCCGACGACCACACGUCCACCCACAACGACGGCACCGACGCGAACGCUUGCUCCGACGACAACAACACCGACGCGAACACUGGCACCGACGACAGCUGCACCGUCACCCACAGCUACGUCUGCAAUCUGCAGCGUCUCACGCGGCGACUACCAAGCCGGUCUUGACGUCUUCGCCGAUGCUUCGUGCCUCACCCAAGGCGGUCUCGGAUGCAUCCCGAGCUCGGGUUGUCGCUUCUGUGCGCGGAUUGCCACCGUACCGCCGUCCGUGUACGCCCCAUGUCCUCGGUCGUCGAUGGUCGCACUAACCGCCAGUGGCAACGACGCUGCCCACCACGUCGUUGCUGCCAGUCUUCCCACACUAGCUGUACUGGCCGUCGCGCUCACGGCCCUUGCUGUUGCAGUAGUCGUGCUGGCGCACGCGCGUCGGGCCCAGAGCACGACCGCACCUUCUGUUUGUCAGCCUACUGAGCCUACUGCUGCCUAAUCUGAAUAUACGUGUACAUUUUCUC